AUGGAGUGGGGCCGGGCAUCCCCCUCCCCAUCCCCCCCGGCGGGGUCCCACUCCCCCUCGCCCCCCCUUUCCCCAUCACCCCCCGUGUCCCCCCUCUUCCCGCGGGGGUCGCGCUCCCCUUUUCCCCCCUCCCCUCGGGGGUCCCGCUCCCCUUCCCCAUCCCCGGGGGGCUCCCGCUCCCCUUCCCCUCCAUCCCCGGGGGGUUCCCGUUCCCCGUCCCCACCGGGGGGCGGUUGGGAACCGGCCCGCGCGGCUUUCGGGGAGCUGCGGCUGGAGGAGGUGAUCGGGACCGGCGGUUUCGGGCGCGUUUUCCGCGGGACGUGGCGGGGCCAGGUGGUGGCGGUGAAGGCGGCGCGGGGGGACGCGGGCCCGGCGGGGGUCUCCAGCCUGCGGCGGGAGGCGCGGCUCUACGCCCGCCUGCGGCACCCCAACGUGGUGGCGCUGCGGGCCGUGUGCCUGGAGCCCCCGCACCUCUGCCUGGUGAUGGAGUUCGCGGCCGGGGGGCCGCUCUCCCGGGCCCUGGCCGGCCGCAGGGUCCCCCCCGCCGUCCUGCUGGACUGGGCGCGGCAGGUGGCGCGGGGGAUGCGGUACCUGCACGCCGGGACCCCCGUGCCCCUCAUCCACCGGGACCUCAAGUCCAGCAACGGUGAGGUUUGGGGGAGGGGAGGGGGGGUCCUGAACGGGGAGUCCCCCCAGCUGUCCUGA